UCAGUCAGUCACAAAUUUUGCGCAAUAGUGAAAAUUCUGAAAAAAAAUCUCAUCAAAAUGGAAAUGAUGCUCGAAAGUUACUUUAAUUUGCACUACUAUGGCUACGGAAUGGAUGCAUUUUAUGAAUCUGAAUCAUCGGAAGAAGAGGAACCCGAGGAAGAGAUUGACGAUCGCGAGUUUCCGUUCGACGAUGAAGUUUUCCAAAUUAAUGUUAAGGCCCCGAGGAUCAAAAUUGGAUGGGAGAAUCUGCCAAUGGAGAUUCUAAUUCACAUCUUCAGCUUCAUCAGACCAAGCGAUCGUAACUCCGUCCUGCUUACCUGCCGUCGGUGGUUCGAAGCGUUGCGACAUCCAAUUUUCCUGAACGAGACAUGUUUUCACUUCGAACGAAUCGAAGUGUGUGACACCAAGUCUCCGAUCAAGAUUUUUCUGGACAGCUUUCGUCACUUCACCAACAUCAAGCUAACCAAGGUCCAGUUCAGUGGCGAAACUGCGUUUUGGGAUUAUUUUGGAAGGCACAUUCGUGAGAUUACGUUCAGCAAUUGCGCACUAACCCAACCGAAGUUGUCGAACAUCUUGAGCUGCUUGCCAAAUUUAGAACGAUUAAAUUUAGUCAACUGCGACGAACUUUUCAAAAGUUGGCAUCCUGGCGACUGGAUGAACAUCUCGCCGAUAUGCAAAAGGCUCAUCCAUCUGGGGUUGCGUGAGAACAACGCCUUCGACGAGGAUCACCUCAGCUAUCUGGUCGCAAUGGCGCCCAAGAUUUCAUCCCUGGAAAUUUCCAAAUGUUUGAAGGAAAGGGAGGCCGCUAGGCGAGUGCAGAUAUUAGCCCACGUCUUACGCAUUCUCAAUCUUCACAAGCAUCAGAUGAAAUCUGUCAACUUCAGCUACACCAUGUUUGAUGAUCUUUUCCUCAAACAGUUCGCCGAAAUUGAAAACAUGUCCCUCAGCGACAUUAGUUUAUCGUUCUUUGGGCGAGCACCGAUUAAGGAUCCGGGAAUAAUCGACGUUCUCAGGAAGCAGACUAAUCUUGUCCACUUGGAUCUGACGUCAUUCCUGAACCUCACGGAUUUUGCACUGAUAGCGAUUGCGGAGUCUAUGCCCUUGUUGAAAUCACUGAAGCUAAACGGGUGCUGGUUGCUGACCGAUUUUGGCAUAUCGGAAAUUCGAAAGCUACGGAAACUAACGGUGCUGGAUCUGUCCGAUUGUGAUCGUGUUACCGACGAGGGAUUCUUGAAAGUGAUAUCGAACAAGCAGGGAAACAAUUUAAAGGAGCUGUACCUGAGUAUGCUGCCGAGCAUAACGGAGAAGGUGAUCUUGAACAUUUGCCUCACGCUGGGCAAUAUGACUGUACUGGAUCUGUGUGGCUCGGAUUGCAUGAACGAUACUUCGAUACAGUACGUGUUCUGCUAUCUACGGUUCAUUCGUAUACUACGACUGAACGGUUGUGUUAAGAUCACAGACGCAGGUCUUACCGGGGUAGAACUACAACGUGCCGCGAUCGAAAUAUGGGACACGCAACAGACGUUCUCGAUCGAUAUGCUGCAAGGACUGCAGGAACUCCAAAUAUCCGGCUGCUCUAAAGUAACUGAUUUCGCGCUUAAACAUUCGUUCAAACUUGUGGAGCUGAGAGAGAUCAACGUUUCACAUUGCACUGAAAUCACAGAGGAGGGCAUUGAAGCCCUUGUUCACAACUGUCCAUCCCUGGAAGUGAUGGAUCUAAGCGAUUGUUACAACCUGAACGAUCGCUGCAUUGGGUUGAUCAGUAAACAUUUGUUUCGUAUCAGAGAUUUAAAAUUGGUUCGAUUGUCUCUUCUCACAAUUGAAAGUAUUAACUCGAUUCUGAGCAACUGCAACCAUCUGAAGAGCAUUAAUUUGCGUGGAUGUAGCAGACUGCCGAGAGACACUAUCAGCAUGCUGGCGAAGUUGAAAUCUCUACGAAAUUUACCGAAGUAUUAGCUUAUCUAUUGCUGUAAAAGUACUCUGUGCCUUGUCCCGUGGUUACGUCGUUUGUGUUGAGUGUCAUGAACGUCUAGAUACCUGUUUCAAUACUAACUGCCACGUUUUUCUUCAAUUUCAGAACUUUGGAUGGUAAUUAAUUUGGGUUAGUGUGUGCUCAAAUAAGUAGUUAUUGUAUGAUAGAAAUAAAUUGGAAAAUAAAAAAAAAAUUGGACAGUCAUCUGUG